AACCCUGCAAAUCGGGCAUUAACUAUUGGCCCGGAAUUCCGGGCCGACAAAAAUUGCUCAUGAUUGCUCAUCUUUGCAACUUUACUUCAAACUCGCCAAAAAAUUCGAUGACUCUCAUACGCUUCCCUCCUUUAUCAUGCAGACAUCGUACCCAUGCCCCAAAGGCGGCGCCUCCCUAGUCCUCUCCUUUCGCUUAGAGCAGAAAACGACCCUGAUACUCGGUUCCGGCUCAUUAGCAGCCUCGAGAGCUUUCGCAGCACUCGAAGCUGACUCCAAGGUUGUCGUACUAGCAAAUGGAGGCCUGAAGACGGCAUGUGAUGAAAUCCAGUGGCGGGUCGAGCAUGGUCAAGUCGCAUUCGUAGACUGGGAAUCCCUUCCAGGUUCCUCCAAAACGGACGAUGACGAUGACGACGUCCAAGCCCUCGAGGGCUUCUUAGACUCGACUCCUGGAAUUGCUUUUGUCGUCAUCACUGAUACUAUCCUGAACGAUGAAGCCCUACGACGGCCCGGCUCCUCAGCUGAACGCAUCUACCAAGCUUGCGCAUCGCGAAACAUUCCCGUCAACACUACCGACAUGCCGCACUUAUGCGACUUUUCCUUCACCUCGUCAUAUCGAUUUGAGGAUCCAUCGGGGGAACGCACACCUCUCCAAAUCGGGGUAACCACGAAUGGGCAGGGGUGCCGGUUGGCAGGGAGGUUGAGGAGGGAGAUCGUAGCGAAGCUGCCAAAGGAAGUAGGAUUGGCGGUUGAAAAUGUUGGAAAGCUCAGAUCUCUGGCGAAAUCGAGUGAUAGUGCUGUAUAUGAGGAUUGUUUUGAUGAUAGUGGCGUGUCGACACCAAAUCGACCGGUUCCACAACGGAGUUCGUUAGAGACUGCUGUGGAGAGUGCGAGGAGGAGGAUGAAGUGGGUGGCGCAGGUCAGCGAGUAUUGGCCAUUGUCUAAGCUUGCGAGCUUGACAGAAAAGGAUAUGGAGCAGGUACUGUCGGGAGAGAACCAGGAAGGGUCCGUAGCAGUGAACACUCCAUCAUUACAUUCGUUGGACAUCCGGCGACCAGGUCGAAUUCUUCUGGUGGGGUCAGGGCCUGGGCAUCCAUCAUUGCUCACACAAGCGACCCACAACGCACUUACGAAGCUCACCGAUCUUGUCCUAUCUGACAAGCUUGUUCCCGACGCAGUCCUGGCUCUUAUUCCGUCGGGAGUGGAAGUGCGAAUUGCCAAAAAAUUCCCGGGGAACGCAGAUGGUGCGCAAAAUGAGAUGAUGGAGGCUGCGGUUGAGGCUGCUCGAAAGGGGUUGACUGUAGUACGGCUCAAGCAAGGUGAUCCUGUAGUAUAUGGACGCGCUGGGGAGGAGGUUCUCUACUUCCGCUCACACGGCUUCGAGCCUGUCGUCGUUCCAGGUGUUAGCUCGGCGCUGGCAGGACCCACAUUUGCAGGAAUUCCGAUAACACAACGUGGUGCAGCUGAGUCUUUCAUCGUGUGCACAGGAGUUGGGAGAAAAGGAAAACAAGUCCAGCUGCCUGGGUAUGAGCGAGGGAGGACGUUGAUCAUACUCAUGGGCGUAGCUCGGUUACCCCAAGUCGUCAGUAUCCUUAUUGAUGCCGAGUGUGCACGACGCAACGGUCCCGCCUACCCCUCCUACACUCCGAUUGCCCUCAUUGAGCGAGCAUCGAUGCCAGACCAGCGUGUCGUCGACUCUACGCUCAAGGACAUUGUCAGAGCACUUGAUAGCGUUGGCGAACAGAGACCACCAGGUAUGCUCGUCGUUGGAUGGGCUGUACCAGCGCUCUGGGGGAAGGGGGACGUUGAAGUUUUGGAAGAAAGUGCUGACUUGGACGAGGGUCGGAUUGCUAAAUGGUUGGGUCAGGACAGCUGGAGAGUGCGAGAAGGGCUGCAGAAUGAAUGGGAUGACGGAUUGUAGCAUAGCAUACAUUUACGAAGCAGUGAUACAGAUAUAUUUAA